AUGCCACGCCAAAGCCGAGAAACUUACCAAUCUGAUUCAGAUUCUCCUGUAUCUCUGGGGUCCAAUUAUGAGUCUGGCCUGGAUUUCGAUGAAGAUUUGAUCUCAGAUGAUGAAGAUAUCGAUCCUGAGCUCCAGGGACCCAAACCAAGAAAGAACGAUAAAGCCGCUCAAUUGGCAUCCACCUUGAUGAAAGAUUUGGCUGUUGACGACUCAAUUGACUUUCUGGAUGACGAUGCCGACUAUGUGGCGCUUCCUGAAGAUAUGGACAUGGACGAGGACGACGAUGAUGAUUUACUCAACAACUUGAGAAAUGCAGCACACAUGAAGAGAAAAAGGCCAAAGAGUGCCAGUAGCUUCAAGCGUCAGGUGAUGAAUAAUAAGGACUUGGAUCCAGAGAAAAGAACAUACAUGUCUCGAGGAAACGCUGCUUUCGUGAGAGGUGAUCUAGAAACGGCAUGGAAGAACUAUGUUGAGGUCAUCAAGAUUGAUAAUAAGAGUUACAAUGCCUACAAGACGUUGGCUGAAAUUUGCCAGAUGCAAAACAAGUACAACAAAUGCUGUAAGUUCAUGCUUAUGGCGGCACUUUCCAAUCCUUCAGAUGUAGCACUUUGGGGCCAGGCUGCAGAACUCAGUACGGAUUUGGGUCACAUAGACCAGGCUAUUUACUGUUACACGCGAGCAAUUGCUAGCAAAAAUACAGAGCAUGACUAUGACUUCAUAAUACGGCGUUCUGGGCUAUAUAAGCAGAAAAGGCAGUAUGGACGUGCCUUAGAGGGAUUGCAGAGACUCAGUCAGCAGUAUCCCGAGGAUUCAUCCGUUGUCAAGCAAUUGGCUGACGUCUAUGUGCAUCAGAAGCGUUACAAUGAUGCCAUUGCGUUGUACAACCGUAUUCUUGAAAAGAAUAUGAACCCAACAGAGACAAAAGUGCCGAGGUUCAACUGGUCCGAGCUCAAUAUCCUCACGGAGCUCUAUAUAAGCAAGAGAUCAUGGACAUCCGCAAUCAACAUCAUCAAAAUCGUGGCAAGGUGGAUCCAAAAGAGAACUGACGAAACGUGGUGGGACGAACAGCAGGACUGUGAUGCCGAAUUUGACGAAAGAAGAGGCCCUGCCAUAAUGAAGAAGAAGCCAAAGUUCUACAACGAGUGUGCCGGGCGCCCUCAUGAUUUGCCAAUUGACAUUCGCUUUAAACUCGGUUUCCUACGUCUCGAAUUGGAUCAAAAGGAAGAAGCCCUCCGACACUACGCUUUCUUGUUUUUGGAGGAGGAUAAGUGGGAGGUUUCGGAUUUGUUUUAUGAGGCCGGCAAGCACCUUGAGUCGAAGGGAUUCUAUGAGGAUGCCAUCACCUACUUGAAAGGCGUUAUCGAUGAAGAACAUUUGGCUGAAGUCCAGUACCUUUUAGGUAAAUGUUACGCUGAAAUCAAGGAAUACGAAACCGCAAAAGCGCACUUGCUAGAGGCUAUGAAAGAUGAUCCUGACAAUGACUAUCUCAAGACCAUUUUGAUCGAGGUGCUUUACUACACAAACGAUCACGAUGAUCAAGCCUUGGCAAGCAGGCUUAUCAGGGAGCUCAAGGCCCCCAAAGCUGAUGAGGCACAACCAGAGUCAACUGACUACGUACCUCCUGCUGAUGACGAUGACGAUCAGGAUAACAUAGCGCUCAUCAAAAAUGCGAGAGAGUACAAGGACACCAAGAAGGAGACGUUGACGGAAGAGGAAAGAGAAGAAAUUGAACAGCGUGCUACACGCAUGGUCCUUGAUAAAUUCAACAGAAUGAAGAGGCUCCAGGAGGCUAUCGACCAGGGUCAUAAGGCUGCAGCAUCUGCCUGGAUGAACAUCGCUUCACAGCUUAUUGAUAUGUUCACCAGUGUCAAGGCAUUCUUUCCCAAGAAUAGGAAAUCGACAUUCAGAGGUAUUGUGAUGUACCUUCGUCGCAAGCAGGAUCUGGAUAUUAACAAUCGUUUGGCACGAAUCAAUAACCUUUAUGAGGGAAUCACGGAGACCACCAAUUCCAGAGUCACUUUGACCGCACAGACCGAAUUCAGAGGGCUUUCUUAUGAUCAAUGGCUCUAUAUUUUUGUACAAAACGCUCUUCUUGUGCGUCUGUUUGACCAUAACUUGGAUGAAGCGAUCAGCAUCCUUGAGGUGGCUUUCGAUGUGAAUGUUUUCAUCCAAGACAAACAAAGAGUUAUGAUCUUGCGCUUCGUGCGUCUAUCGCUUGCAAUUGACCAGCAGGACUACAUCCCGACCGUUUGCAAUAAUGUUCGUUACGUGCUUACUUCGACACAGUUCUCGCCAACCGUUUACGGCAUCUUCAUGUGCUGUUUUGCAUCUGGUGUUGCUGCCUGGGCAGCCUUCAGCAACUACAACCAUCAGAAGUAUUUCUUGAGACAGCUUAAAGCUUACGACUCUUUGCUCUACUCGUCAAAGGUGUCUGGUGCAGCUCAUGUUACUGUUGAUGUGAAAGGAAUGUCGUUUGACAAAGAGCUUCCGCUGUUGCUCUACAUGUACGCCUGUCUUUUGGGAAGCAACCGUGCAUAUUCUUCGCCAAUUGUAUACCUCACGAGAGCUUACAAGAAAUGCUACAACGACCCCACCAUCUGUCUUAUGCUAGGAUUGGCUCAUGUGCACCGUUCGAUGCAGAGAAAUUCUUCCAAUAGACACAUGCAACUCCUUCAGGGAAUCAGUUUCCUUUUGGAGUACAGAGAUCGUCGCAGCAAAAACAGCACAGAUUACGAAAAACAAGAGAUUGAGUACAAUUUCGGACGUCUUUUCCACAUGUUGGGUCUUCCAGCACUCGCGAUCAACCACUACAACAAGGUUUUAGAGUACCAUGAAACUCUCAAAGACGAUCCAGAUUAUGAUUUACUGAUUGACGCAGCUUACAACCUCACCUUGAUCUACACAAUCAACGGCAACACCGCUAUGACCGAGGAGUUGACGGAUAAGUACUUGACCAUCUAG